CGUAGAUUUAAAAAAAAAAAAAAAAGGAAAAAAAAGGCCUCCGUUACCGGGUGGAAGAGGGCGAGCGUCCUGCACGAGGACAGGUGAAUCACCAUGACGACAGAGCCAGGUGAGCCACAGGAGGCCCAGCCCAAAGAGGCGGAGUCUUUCCCUGAAGCCGCCGCCCACUCCACACCUAAACAGGGCGGUGAGGGCGUACCAACCCACAACCAACCUCAGAGUUCAUUGGCUGAGGACUCAGCCAGUCACCUGUCGUCGAGCAGUCGGAUCGCUCGCUCUCCCGCCAGAAACCCCCUGAGCUUCAGGACAAUGCAUGCGAGAGUGACCCUGCUGGACGGCUCGCUCUUCACCUGCACUGUGGAGAAGAGAGCUCGCGGUCUGCAGCUGUUUGAGAAGGUCUGUGAACACGUCAACCUGCUGGAGAGAGACUACUUCGCCUUGUCCUUCAGAGACGCCGACAACAAUAAGAACUGGUUGGAUCCAGCGAAGGAGAUGAAGAAACAGGUCAGAGGUGUUCCCUGGAACUUCUCCUUUAAUGUAAAGUUUUACCCUCCUGACCCCGCCCAGCUGUCUGAGGACAUCACCAGGUACUUCCUGUGUCUUCAGCUCAGACAGGAUAUAGUUUCUGGUCGUCUUCCUUGUUCGUUUGCGACUCACACCGUCCUUGGCUCCUACACUGUGCAAUCAGAGCUCGGAGACUACGACCCUGAUGAGUGUGGUUCAGAUUACAUCAGUGAACUUUGUUUUGCUCCGAAUCAAACCAAAGAAAUGGAGGAGAAGAUCAUGGAGCUGCACAAAACCUACAGAGGAAUGACACCAGUCGAAGCAGAGAUGCAUUUCCUGGAAAAUGUAAAGAAACUUUCCAUGUACGGAGUCGACCUUCAUCACGCAAAGGACUCAGAGGGCGUGGCUAUCAUGCUGGGUGUGUGCAGCAGUGGUCUGCUGGUCUACAGGGACAGACUGAGGAUCAAUAGAUUCUCGUGGCCAAAGAUCUUGAAGAUUUCGUACAAAAGAAACAACUUUUACAUUAAGAUCCGACCUGGAGAGUUUGACCAGUUUGAGUCCACGAUUGGUUUCAAGCUGUUGAACCACAGAGCAGCGAAGAGACUGUGGAAGGUGUGCGUGGAGCAUCACACCUUCUUCAGGCUGGUGUCUCCUGAGGAACCUCCUAAAAAGUUUCUGUCAUUGGGUUCAAAGUUUCGGUACAGCGGUCGGACUCAAAUUCAGAGUCGCAGAGCCAGCGCUCAGAUCUCCCGACCUGCUCCACAUUUCCCAAGAUGUAUCAGCAAGAGGAACAUGCUGAGCCGCAGCCUGGAUGGAGAUAUUGGCUCGGGGCUGUACGCAGGGUCUAAAACCAUUGCUGUCAGUGACCUCAUCACCACAGUAACGCCUGAGAGGAGGACAGAGGAGAGGAGGGAGCAGAAAGAUGAGGAGGUGCUGGUGGUGGAGGAGGAGAUGCAGGAGGUGAUGGAGGUGGAUAAAGAGGAACUGAAGCAGCAACAGGAGGAAGAGGAGGAAGAGGAGGAUGAGGAGGAGAAGACCAGAGUGACAGAGAUUUCUCAGCAGAGUCCUCCGACUCCUCAGAAACAGGACACCAAGACUGAGCUGACUGAUACAGCUGUGGACGGAGACCUCACAGCCACUGAGUCUGAUCAGGAUGAAGAUUUGAAAACUCAGGAGAUGUUGGGAAGUCCUGAGGAGGUGCAGAAACCUCAAAGCACCAUCAGCGCUCUCAGACGCUCCUUCUUAGAGGAAGGAGGAGGAGGGGGGAUGACAGAGUGGGAGAAACGUCUGGCUUCCUCACAUCUACGAGGGGUCGACGACUCCCCGAUGAUCGAACCUCUGGAGUCAGACGAGCCUAAACCUACAUUUGAUGAAAUGUCUCCUGAACUGACCGCUCUGCUGAAGUCGGCCAGAGAACAAAAAACAUUCAGAGAACACAACCUGCUGAAGACCUCAGAAAAGGUGGAGACGGUCUUCUUGAUGACAGAGUCACUUGACCAGGACCAGCCAAUGGUGGACAAGCCUCAGGAGGUCCCAGUGAUGAGGAAGACUCUUACAUAUGAAGCUCCAGGGAGCCGAGUGGACUCUGAUCCUCCUGCAGGUCUACUGCUGAGCUCCCAGACCUUUACCGCGGAGACCUCCAACACUACCACGACCACGCACAUCACCAAGACAGUAAAAGGAGGAAUUUCAGAAACCAGAAUCGAGAAAAGAAUUGUAAUUUCAGGAGACACAGAAAUUGACCACGACCAGGCUCUGGCGGCUGCGCUUAGUGAGGCGAGGCGGCAGCAUCCUGAGCUGUCUGUCACACGUGUCGUCGUCCAUAAAGAAACUGAAGUCUCUCCUGAUCAUGUGAUUGAUUAGUGACAUCACAGGUAACAGGAAGGGUCAGGCCCCACCCCUACAGGUGGAGUUCCAGGCUGGAUGCUGAUUGGCUGAUUGGUGCAUGGCAGCGUUCAUUACAUUUUGUUUGCAUGUUUUACAUGAGUGUUUGUGUCCAAGAACAAAUGGUUCAAUCACGAGCAAUAAAGAGCUCAGAUCUGAUUGACUGGAAGGACAAUACUGAAAGAGAGGGAAAUCUCAUUGGAUGAAAUACGGGGGAGGAACCACGGAGGACAGGAAGGAUCUAUUGUGAUUGGUUGGUGAAAACCUGCAAGAAGAACCUAACAAUCUGAUUGGAUUAAAAACUGAAGAAAUAUUCAAAAAGUGUGGGGAGGAGAUAACCAGCCCUUCUGAUCACUCAGCUGAUAAGUGAUUAAUCAAUCAAGAGGAUCAUUAUCAAGUCAAGUCAGUUUUAUAUAUACUGCCCAAUAUCACAACUCACAUAUUUCCCUCUAGCAGCUUAACAGUCUUUACAGACUAUGACCUCCUCAGUCCUUACACCCUUGGACCAGUUAAGAAAAAUCCACUGAAAGACAACACUUUGCUUAACAUUAAACUGUCCAUCAAUGCUACACUAACACGCUGUUUUAAUAUUAUUCACUAUUGUUUCAAGGAUGGAAUCAUUGGUGCCCCCUCCCCGUUGCUCACCUGUAUCCAGCACUGGUUCAGGUUCAGAUUCUGGACCAGAUUCUGGUUCUUAUUGAGUGGUUUUAAGACAGAAAACAGAAUCCAAAUCUCUAGUCUGUCUUUACUAGAUAGAAUCAAAAACUGUUGAGAGGACAGUGUUGACAUUAACAUGCUACGGUAUGCUAACAUUCUGGACCAGGCUUUUAAGCUUGCUGUGCUAUGCUAACAUGCUAAUUCACAUGGGCAUGCAGUUCCCCAGGCUAAGUUUGUCUCUGCCGCUCUCAGAGUUAACUGUGGGCUGACGGGAAAGUUUUGCUCUCUCUGGUGGCCACGUUCAAUGUAACACUGAAAAAUCGAGCUCACGGAUUGGUCCCGCAUCACAGCCGACUCCCAGUGGAUGAAUCGGAAUCAAAAUAGAUUUUCAAAGUGAAAAGGUAAAUGUGGGAAUGUGACCACCACAGGACGACUUUCACUCAGGGGUUAAAAUCAGAAAAGAGGUGUCUUCAUGUUCAACAGCUGCA